CGUUCCAAUAAUCCCGGGACGCCAUCUUCCCAUUCUGACAAAGUACAAAUACCAAGCAGAUGGUCUUAAUUUUAUAACAGCAUUUUUAGGGAUCUGAUUGAUGAGGUGGCCUAGCAAGUAUAGUGACACAAGAGACUGCCAAGGGAUGAAGUCAUGACUAUUUUCAAGAAUUCACUUGAACUGCUUGGAGGACUAUCAGACAAGUAGCCUUUAAAAUGGGGUGGGAAUAUUGUUAUAUAUAUAUAUAUAUUUGUUAUUUUAUAUGUAGAUGUAGGGUAAUAUUUUUUUAGUUAGGAAUGAAUUCACAGGAAAGCCCAAGGCCUUUUAUUUGUGCAGAAUGUGGUUCCAGCUUUAAAAAAAAAUGGAAUCUCAAGGUCCACAUGGAAUCGCACAGUGACCCCUUUGAAUGUGAAGUGUGCCACUUGAAAUUCAAGUUCAAGCACAAGCUGCGAUUGCAUAUGGGGCGCCACACAGGAGUAAUAAAGUACAGCUGUAAGAAAUGUCCAGCAGUGUUUGGAUACAAACAGAUGCUCAUCAGUCACAUAAAUAUUCAGCUCAGAGUCCUUCAAAUUACUGGUAUUGCCUUGGCUGUGGAGCACAUUUCAGCAAAUCAGAUGAUUUAGAGGCACAUGGUAAAUUGUGUCUUGGUAUAAAGUGUGAAGAUGAUGAUGAUGAUGACAAAAUCACUUCAUUUCAUGAUUCUGAGGAAUUGGGUCAGAAUACCAAGAAAAUUGUGACUGAAGAACCUUUAUUAUUUGAAGAUGAAGACAGUAACCAGUUGGUAAAGAAAAGCAAGUUGAUUACAGAGCAAGAUAGAAAUAACAGUGAAGUAGAUAAAGAUGAAGGUAAUGCAUGUAGUAAAUUUUCAAAAUCUAGUCAGGGACAUGAAAAUAGACAUGAAAGGGAUUCAAAUAUGGAGGUAACCAUAGAAGCUAUUGAAGAUACUGAAGAAAGAGGUAGUAGAAAUGAAGGAAGUAUAGAAAGUGGAAACAGCCAUGAGUCUGUCAAUAAUGGAAAUUAUACACCUGAGAACCUGAUUAGUGAGGAGUGCCACAGAAUAUCACAUGGCAGUUCAGACAAAUCUAUCAUCAGCAGUUCAGGUGACUCUGUCCUUACGGUUGAACCCCAUGUGGCAUCUGAGGCAGUGAGAGAAAUUGACAACAUUCAUAAGUCUAAGAACCAUGGGUUAUCUGUUUCAGAAGUUCCACUGAAUUCUCUGGAUGUAGGUCUACCAUGCCAAAUAAGUUUCAGUAGUGAGAACACUGUUAAAGAAGUCACUAACUCAUCUAUUUGUAGCCAAGAGGGCAAAAGUGCAGUUAGUGUGACAAGUGGUAUGGUACAGAUCCCAAUUAGUAUUGUUAAGAAGUUGCUACCAAGUGUUUCCUCUGGUCCUAAAACCAGACCUUAUGAGCUGGAUGAAAGGAGCAAUGUUGUUAGUCGUGUUUGUGGAUUUGACAAAGAAAGUGAUAGUAACUUAAGGCAUGAUGAGACCAGCAGUGAUGUUCUGGUUGAAAGUAGUGUGUUUGAGGUUGAUGGCGAUGCACAUGAGAUAAGCAGUGAAGGAAUAUUAGAAAAGCAUUUACAUGAAUCUACAGUUUCAGCAGAAAAAAAGGCUGCAUGUUUAAUCUCUGUAGAUGAGUUACAAACAAAGAAUAAAACAAAAUCAAAGACAUCUGAGACUACUCAAGGAAAUUUGAUUGAUCCCCAUGCAGAAAUCAAUAAGAAUUUAAAAUUGCCAAAAAUAAGUUGUAGCACAAAAGGCUGUUCUUUACAACCAGAUCAGUUAGAACAUUCCAGUGUAAGUAAUAAGAAAACUCCAUAUUUACAUAGUCAAAGUGGCAACAAGCACCAGAGAGGGAAAAGGAAACAUUGCUCUAACCCAGAAGUUGCCACUAAAGCUUCAGGAAAAGGAAAAUUAACAAGAAAAAGCUCAGCAACUGCAGCUAGUGAUACAAACAUUGACAGUCAUAUUGUGAAUGUAAAUCAAAAGAGGAAACGGAGAUGUAUCAUUCAUCCAGACCAAGUAAAGGCAAAGAGGAGAGAGAAGGAAAAGAAAAAAAAAAAGAAAAUUGGUACCACAAAUAUCAGUAUAGAAAAAAAAAAAGUUUCCAAGGGAAGAGAUGUUUGUGUUACAAGAAGUAUUGCACUUUUAAGUAAAAAUAACCUAGAUCACAAUUUAUUUAAAAAUUCAGAGCUGAGAAGAGAUCCUAUCAGAAUGAAUGAACUGACAGUUCGGGAGCUAAAGGGCCUUUGCCAUGCCUUAGUUAAGUGGAAUAUCAAGCCAUGUUUUGUUCAGUUGGAGAAACUGCCCAAAAACAUAGUUGAUGCUUAUGGUUGUCCUAAACAUGCAGAUAACAUGAAUCAGAUCAACUCCAAAAGGCCUAGAUCAUUGAAGUCUCCUUGCAAGAGAAAGAGUAUAUCAUGCCCUUCAGUGAAAACAAAUAAUGGAAGUAAUGGAAGUUUAUCUAAAAAAAGGGCAAAUACAGCAGAAAAGCUACUUCGCAGCCCAAACCAAAAGAAAAAAAAAAGACCAGGGAAAUCUCGGACAAAUUCAAGCUGGUCAAAAAGACGUAGACCAUCAAAUGACACCUUGUUUCCAAUUGAAGAUUUGGAGUCGACACCAGAAAUAGCGAAGAGGACCAGGAGAUGGGCCCAUAUCUUAAAGAGAGCUGAGAUGUGCCUAAGAUUAAGGAAAAGAAUCCUGGGUUUGAAAAAGGAGAGUGAAUAUCAAUCUAGUGAUGACAGUGAAAGUCCUCCCAUUGAAAAUGAAAGCUACAUGAAAGUGGCAGAAAGUACCCUUGUAACUGAAUAUAGAAAUCACAUUUUGAGUCAUUAUAAGGAGGAUCAGGAAGAUUUUUCUAAUACUCAAGUAGAUUUAUCUCCAGCAAGGAGUAGAGAUGGUAAACAAGCCACUAUGCAGAGUUCAGGUAUGUUACUGUCAGCAUGUCUUUCAGACCCAGAAGUGGAAAUAAAAGUCAAAGACGAAGAGUUUGAUGUUACUUCUGAGUUUCUAGAUUAUGAUUACUAAACUAAUUUUACUAUUAUCUUGUUACUGUUUUUUGCUAUCUUCAUUACUCGAGAUGUAUCUGCAUAUGUAAUUUUUUUUAUUGUUUUUACCAUGACAAGCAAGAAUUUCUCUGAUAUUGUAAAUGUAAUAAUUAGUUAUUUGUUUAUGUAUUUCUUUAUUCUUAUAGUUAUUAAAGAAGGAUGAUGAAUAAAUAAAGGGGAUGAUUAUGUGUUUAUCUUGCUGUCAUUAUUGAAAAAAAAUUGUGCCUUUUGCUCUAUUUUUUUCAUAUGAAGCUUUUCAUAUAAUGGAAUCCAUUGAUUCUUGCUGUAAAAAAGUACUUUCAAAAGUGAAAAGUAUUUUUAACAUAUGGAAAUAAUUCAAUGUUUUUGCCCCAGUUCCUAUGUGCAGUUUGCCCCUUUUGUGUAUCAAGUUAUCAAGAAGAAUUGUGAAUAAAAUUUAUAAAUUAUUA